AUGCUCCACCUGUCGAUACACCCGACGGGCUGCAGGCAGCAGCAGCAGCAGCAGCAACAGCAGCAGCAGCAACACCAGCAGCAACAGCAGAAACACCAGCAGCAGCAGCAGCAACACCAGCAGCAGCAGCAACAGCAACAGCAACAGCAGCAGCAGGCCCCCAUGCUGAGGUCUUCUUCGUUCUCGAGGCAGCAGCAGCAGCAGCAGCAGCAGCAACAGCAGCAACAACAACAGAAACAGCAGCAACAGAAGUAG